CAGAUUACAUGUCAAGGAGUUUAGUGCAUGAUUGAAGGAAGCCUUUUUUUUUUUAAAUCUAGUUACUUUUCCGCCGUAUUUCCCUCUCUACCACCCAACAGGCGAAUGACUUUCUAGCAGAGUUGAGUAAUAUUAUGAAAGUUACAUGUCUGAGAGGAUUUAACUUCGACUUCCCUGAAUAUGCUGAAAGGAGUUUAUGCACUGAAACGACCUCAGGAAAAUCCAAGAUGGCCGCCAAAAGGAAAGGUGGCCUAAAACUCAAUGCUAUCUGUGCCAAGCUGAGCCGCCAGGUGGUGUUCGACAGCAGCUCCCAGAAUGCAGAGGGAGACCAGAGUGUAGCAGAAAACAGUGAACGUGGUAGUUCCCACUACGAUGACAAUGAGACCAACUUUCCCGAGAGCCUGAGUCUAAGUCAGAGCCUAGAAGAGGACCAGAGGAGACGCGAGGCCAUCGAGAAGUGGGUCAACGGCGAGUACGGCGAUGAGCCGCUAGCUCCUGAGGAUGAACAAGAACAUGAACACAAAGUUAACAAUGACGAGGGUGGCCCUCCUGAAGGCGUGUACAUGGUACAGCCCAAAGGCUGCAGCGAUGAGGAAGACAAUGCAGAGGAGGCUGAGCCCAUGGCAGGGUCUCAGGAUGGCAGUUACCAUGACGACAAAGAACCCGAAGACAGGCCUUCAAAAGAUGAUACCUACAUGGCGCCAAGUGAGGCCCAGAGUCGCCAAGCGCCUCUCUCCUCUCCAGGAGAAGCAUCUGCCCUGCGAGACUAUGCAGCUAACACCAUGAAUGAGUUUUUGGGAAUGUUCGGUUAUGAUGAUCAGCAGGUAAGGGAUGAACUGACCAAGAAGAUCAGCUUUGAGAAGCUCAAAGCCGCUACCUCAGACCCCUCAUCCCUCAGCAGUGAGGAGGCCUCACGGCGUGCUCGCUUCUCCAAGUAUGAAGAGUACAUUCGCAAGCUAAAAGCUGGUGAGACCCUACCUUGGCCCAUGCAUGCUUCCCCACCCAAACCAGAUGACCUCAACUCAAAACUGGCCCAAGACAAAAAUGCUAUCAUGCUGCAGACCUCGGGGUGCCUCCCAGGGGCUGAAGCACAGAUCUACCCCUCCAGCCUAGACCACAAACAGCCAGGAGGAACUCAGCUGGGCACGUCUCAGCCACCCAACCCCUCACACAUGCAGAACAUGGUGUCCCGAGCCUCCAAGUAUGACUUCUUUAUUCAGAAGCUGAAGAUGGGUGAGAGUUUACAGCAGCAGAAUGGUAACGCUUACAAGCGUCCCUCCAAGUAUGACCUGGAGAACGUCAAGUUUCUGCAUCUCUUCAAGCCUGGUGAGGGCAGCCCCGAUAUGGGCGGUGCCAUCGCCUUUAAGACAGGGAAAGUGGGCCGCCCUUCAAAGUAUGAUAUCAGAACAAUUCAGAAGCUGAUGCCAGGAAAUCCCGAGCCCUCACUGAUGCCUAAUGUCCUCGCUACAACACCAGGAAGCUCGGGAGCUUCUGGUGUCCCCACUGUAGGCGCAGCUGGGGCCAGCAUCGCUCCAGGGCUCUCGAUGGACCAGACAGGACACAUAAGCUUCAACAGCUCUGAUUAUCUAAAGUCCAGCUUUUCCAAGACUGACUCCAUUACCACGGGCACUGUCUCCUCCGUGAAGAAUGGCCUGCCACCAGAUAAACCCGCCAGCGACGACAUCAACCUCUACCAGAAAUAUAUUGCCAGAUUCUCUGGAAGUCAACACUGUGGGCACGUGCACUGCGCCUACCAGUACAGAGAGCAUUACCACUGCAUGGACCCUGAGUGUAACUACCAGAGGUUUACCAGUAAGCAGGACGUAAUCAGGCACUACAACAUGCACAAGAAGAGGGACAACUCCUUGCAGCACGGAUUCAUGCGCUUCAGCCCUCUGGACGACUGCAGUGUCUACUACCACGGCUGCCACCUCAAUGGAAAAAGCACCCAUUACCAUUGCAUGCAGGUGGGCUGUAGCAAGGUCUACACCAGCACUUCAGAUGUCAUGACCCAUGAAAACUUCCAUAAAAAGAACGCCCAGCUGAUCAACGAUGGCUUCCAGAGAUUUCGUGCCACUGAGGACUGUGGCACAGUCGGGUGUCAAUUCUACGGGCAGAAGACUACACACUUCCACUGCAGGCGCCCAGGCUGCACAUUCACAUUCAAGAACAAGUGUGACAUUGAGAAGCACAAGAGCUACCACAUCAAGGAUGAUGCCUAUGCCAAAGAUGGCUUCAAGAAGUUCUACAAGUACGAGGAGUGCAAGUACGAGGGCUGCGUGUACAGCAAAGCCACCAACCACUUCCACUGCAUCCGCUCAGGCUGCGGAUUCACCUUUACCUCCACCAGCCAGAUGACUUCCCACAAGCGCAAACACGAGCGCCGGCAUAUUCGGUCUUCUGGUGUUAUGGGCCUCUCCUCCACCUUCCUGGUGCCAAAGGACGAGCCAGAGGAAUCGAGCAACGAUGACCUGAUAGACUUCUCCGCCAUCAGCAGCAAGAACUCCAGCCUGAGUGCCUCGCCUACGACCCAGCAGUCCACCACUGUACCGCACCUGUUGGCCACACCCACCACAGUGGUCUCCUCCUCUACAUCAGGCCAUGCCCUCAAGCCUACACCCUCAAUGUCCAGUGCAGGCCAGCGUAUGUCUAGCCUGCUGUCCCAGGCCCUGCCCAGCAACAUGCCGGUGGCCCUUGCUCUUUCCAACAACACCCUGGGCGCUUCCAACCCAUUCUUCUCCCUCAUGCCCAGGCUGCCCCUCCAACCACCUGCUCCAGCUGCUAGCCUGAUUUCAGCUGUAUCCUCUGGGGCCCACUCAAUGUCCACCAACUCACUGACACAAGGUUGCUCCACAGCUGGGGCAGAUGGAGCCAUGGCAUCUACCCCGACCUCCUUCGCGACCUCCUCCAUCAUGGAGAAGAUCUCAGCAAGCAAAGGUCUGAUAUCACCCAUGAUGGCCAGACUGGCAUGUAAGCCCUCCAACAACCCAGACACAGGGAAUGGGCAGCCGGGUUCAGCCAGCCAGUUCAAUCUGGUUCAAGUGAAGCAGGAGCCAGUGGAUGGCAACUCUGGGGCCUCCCAAGACUCCACACAGGAGCACAGCCUGGACCUGAGCAAGAAAGACCACAGUAAUGAAUCAAACGGACACCCUGUACCAGGGAAUACAUCUCUUUUAUCCUCGCUUAUGAAUAAGAUGUCACAAGUGAACCCUGCCCUGUUCAACGCCAUGAAGUUGAAGACAGAGCUGGAGCCAGGCCAAGGCAGCGACACCUCGGAGGCAGGACAGUAUCUGAACAGAGUGCUGAAGAGGCCUCUUCCAGAAAAACCCACUGAAAUCUGGAGGACAUACCUCCGCAGGUUUGACACAGACGACUUCUGUGAGGCUCAGUGUGACUUCCUUCAGAAAGUGCACUUUCACUGUGUGGUAGAGGACUGUGGUGCACUCUUCAGCACAGUGGAUGGGGCCAUAAAACAUGCUAACUUUCACCUCCGAGCCACCUUGAAAGUGAAGCCGGAGCCUCAGUUCGGUGAGGGCAAGGACUCCGGUGAGGGAACACUGCUGCAGCCUGCUGCCCCGGUAUCAGUGGCCAACAACGCCUCCAUGGAUGUGGCACACCUCACCUCCUCUGGUGGCUACAGCUCUCCUCCUUCCUCCUUGCUGGCCUGGAAGCAGCUGACUGGCAGCAUCCCUCAGAUGUCAGCCUCGAUGCCCAACCUGCCGUCUAACUCCCCUCUGGCCACAACCUCUCUGGAGAAUGCUAAGCCACAGGUCAAACCAGGUUUCCUGCAAUUCCAGGAAAACGACCCCUGUUUGGCCACUGACUGUAAGUACUCAAACAAGUUCCAUUUCCACUGCUUGUUUGGGAACUGCAAGUAUGUGUGCAAGACCUCCGGCAAAGCCGAAUCCCACUGUUUGGACCACAUCAACCCCAACAACAACCUGGUCAACGUCCGUGACCAGUUCUCCUACUACUCUCUCCAGUGUCUCUGUCCCAACCAGCACUGCGAGUUCCGAAUGAGGGGCCACUAUCACUGUCUGCGGCAUGGCUGCUUCUUUGUGACUAACAUCACCACCAAGCUGCCGUGGCACAUCAAGAAGCAUGAGAAGGCUGAGCGCCGUGCCGCCAACGGCUUCAAAUAUUUCACCAAGAGAGAGGAGUGUGGGAGGCUGGGGAUGCUGGGGAAGAACUUUGACAGAGUCCCAUCCCAGGUGAUGCCACUCGGUCAGAGGGCAGAUGAAAUGCAGCAUGUCUCUGGCCUGCUCUCCGGGCCCCCAGCGUCCCAGCCUGGUAUCGCCUCCGGCUUCUCCUCCGCCAUCAUGGAUGAGACUGAUGAUUACAUGGACUACAUGGGGGCAGGAGGCAGCCCUUUGGGCCUGUCCUCUGAGUCCUCCAACCAGGACCGCAGCUGCACCAGCACACCUGUAGGCAAUGACAGCUCUCCAGCAGGCAACACUAUCUCCAUUCCCACAGCCACCGGUGCAAAGAAACGCUUCUGGAUCAUUGAGGACAUGUCACCAUACGGGAAGCGCCGCAAGACUGCAUCAUCACGGAAGAUGUUGGAUGAGGGGAUGAUGCUGGAGGGCUUCCGGCGCUACGACCUCUACGAGAACUGCAAGGACUCAGGCUGCCAGUUUUCUCUGAAGGUGACCCACUACCACUGCACACGUGAGAACUGCGGCUACAAGUUCUGUGGCCGCACCCACAUGUAUAAACAUGCUCAGCACCACGACCGUGUGGACAACCUGGUCCUGGAUGACUUCAAGCGCUUCAAAUCCUCCCUCAGCUGCAACUUCCCUGACUGUCAGUUUUCAGGAAACAGCACCCACUUCCACUGUCUGCGCUGUGGCUUCCGUUGCACCGACAGCACCAAGGUGACAGCCCACCGCAAGCACCACGGUAAGCAAGACGUGAUCAGUGCCGCUGGCUUCUGCCAGUUCAGCUCCAGUGCUGAUUGUGAGGUUCCUGACUGCAAAUAUAAGCUCAAGUGCUCGCACUUCCACUGCACCUUCCCUGAGUGUAAGCACACAGUGGUGGGCAUGUCCCAGAUGGACUCCCACAAGAGAAAGCAUGAGAAGCAGGAGCGGGGUGAGCUAUCAUCGGUGUCGCCCAAACAAGAAGGAGCACACCACCUGGGAGGAGGUGUGUCAGCGGUUCCUCCAGCCUCCAUGGGUCUUUCUACUUCCUCACCCGGUGGCUUCCACGGGUUGUCCCACAACAUUAACAGCAGUGCUCCUUCCAUGCUCUACUCAACAGGCGGGAUCGGGUCUGACUAUACCCACCCAUACCCACCGUCCUCCAUCAGCCUCGACAGCUCCCUUAACCUGGGUACUGACACCAGCGGCUCCCUGUUUUUCCUGAAGAAUGCAGCCGGUCUGGGUCUCAGUGACUCACUGGACCUCAGUAAGAAGAUUCACCAUGAUGCAGCACGAUCUGGCCACAGCCCCACACCCCCACUAAGUCUGCCGGCAACUCAGGACGACACCACAGGAACAUCUGGAGAAGCUGAAGAUGAGCUGUCUGCAGAGGAGGAGGUGCAAGCAGAUGAGGAGGAAGAGGAGGAAGAAGAGGAGGCAGAGGAGGAUCUGAACACUGACUCAAAUGAUGAUUCAAUGGCAGAACCGGAGAGUUUUGAUGCUUCCGUUAACCACACUGAUACUUCCCCACUGGAAAAGCAAGAUGCUGACCCAUGAGAAAAAAAAGAGCCUAACAGUGACUAGGAACUAAAAACCCUGUGUACUAUGAACAAACAGAAAUGAAAGUGGCCUCAUUUAUCUUCUUUAGAGACUUCAGAUGACAACAAAACAACAACAGUGUGGAGAAAAUGAUGGCCCAAAAUGAUUUAUUAUGAUGUUUACAAGAUGACCAACAUUAUGAAUUCAAUUAUGCAUUAAAAAAAUAUGAACGGAGACAGAAUUAGGCCCUGUUUUACACGUGGGGCAGCAAUGUAAAGCAUUUUACUACACAUCAGUCUUUUUGUGUGCGUGCAUGUUUGACUUUAAUUUAUUUUUAUUUUUUUCACUUUUUGUGUGUGGAAAAAAAUGUUAG